AUGACAUUUGAAUAUAAAGAAACAUUUCAUCAAUUAAAUGGAUUUAAUAUUUAUUCUAGAGAAUGGAGACUUAAAGAAGCAAAAGCAACAAUUAUUAUUCUUCAUGGAUAUGGAGAAUAUUCUGGUAGAUAUACAAAAGUUGGAGAAUUUUUUGUUAAUUCUGGGUUUAAUGUUUUUAUGCUUGACCUUCCAGGUCAUGGAAGGUCAUCUGGUAUUCCUAAUAAACCAAAAACAUUUAUUAAUUCAAUGGAAACUUAUAUUAAUACUCUUAAUGAAUAUAUUGAAUUUGUUAAAGAUGAUAUAGAAGAAAGAGGAAUUUCACUCCCUCUAUUUUUUAUGGGACAUUCUAUGGGUGGUUUACUUACAUCAAUUUUAGCAAGUAGAAGAAAGGAUAUUACUGCAUAUGUUGCAUCAGCACCUGCCUAUGUUAUUAAUAACAACAUAGUUUAUUACUUAUAUUAUUUGUUUAUAAUAAUCAUAUUUUUCUUCCCUUCUUUAAUGGUUCCAACUAAUCCAGCUGAUGAAAUUUUUACAAAUAAAGAAGUUGCACGAGAAUAUGAUAAUGACCCUUACACUUUAACAGCUAAAGCAUCAGGUAAAACAGGAUUAGAAAUGGCACGAUAUGGUGAUGUUGAAAAAGAUCGUGAUUUAACAGUCCCAUUUUAUUUAAUGCAUGGAUCUGGAGAUACAUUAAUUAAAGUAGAAGGAGCAAGAAAUAAAGCAAAACAUCUUAAAAAUCCACUUUCAAAAUAUGUUGAAUAUCCUGGAGCAAACCAUGUUCUUUUAGAAGAAGAUAAUCAACAAGAAAUGUUGAUUGAUAUUAACAAAUGGUUAGACUCUGUUAUUCAAUCUCAAUAA